UUUGCGCAGAACGCUCCUUUAAAUCUGAGCAGAAAAUAUUCAGAGACCGGGAGGAGCCAAAGUUACAGUCCUAUCACUCACAAAUAUUGCAAAGGUUUCAACUCCAGCGCACAGCUACACUGGGGCAACCCCACGGGACGCAUCUAAAGGAGAACGCGACCUCACUGACAGGAAAGUGACAUGGGACGACAGCAGUAGAAAAUUUGCGUUGCUUGCUCAGGACUGCAGACAAAUGGCGUUGUCGCGCGAGAUUUCUGUGCCUUUUUGGUUGAAUGAUUUCUCUUCGUUAUAACUGGAAAUCACCUCGCUUUUGCAACCUUCUUGCACCUGGCCGACCCACGCUAAUGAAAUCGUGCUUCUACUUGCCGUUUGAGGCACUCUGGCGCAAUAUCGGACCCUUUUGAUUAUUUUUGACAAGAUAACGUAUUUUGGUCAUCCAGUGAUAAUUUGACAAGUCUUUUCAAAAGAAGACAGUUUUGCUUUGGUUUGAGAGCUUGACGAUGAGAGUAAUGGAUAGAUGGAUAUUGUUUUUUGCAGUCGUCUGCAGUAGUCCCCACUUAGCGCGUUCAGGCUGUGAAAAUCGAGUGUGUAACCCUCGUAUGGGUAACCUGGCGGUGGGCCGGAACCUGCGCACCGAAACUCAGUGUGGCUCCUCUUCACCCGAGUAUGCCUGUAGCUAUGACGACAGCAGUUGCACGGCGAGGUGCGAGGUGUGCGACGCCACAGUGGAGGAGAAAGCUCAUCCGCCCACAUCUAUGACAGACUCGCCCUUCACCAGGUCGCCAACGUGGUGGCAGUCAGCUCCAGGCAUUGUCAGGGAGGCUCUGCAGCUGGACCUGGAAGAGGAGUUCUACUUCACCCACCUAAUUAUCAUAUUCCGCUCGGCCCGCCCUGCUGCCAUGGAGCUCGAGCGUUCGCGGGAUUUCGGCCGCACGUGGAACAGGCUGCAGCUGUACGCCCGCAAUUGCAGCGGCAUGUUCGGGGUGGAGGACGGCCGCCAGUGCACACAGAAGUACUCUUCAGCACAGCCUUGCAGCGGCGGAGAGGUCAUAUAUCGUGCUCUCUUACCCUGGCAAACCCUGGAACCCUACAGCUCUGAGGCUCACACCCGCCUCGGCAUCACUAACUUGCGAGUGCGCCUGCUGCAGGCGCAGCAGUGCCCAUGCGGGCUCAAGGAGCACGGUGCCGCCCUUGUCUCAGUGCCCUACGCCAUAUACGACCUCAUCCUGAAGGGAGCCUGCCUUUGCCACGGCCACGCGGAUCAGUGUGUGCCCGCCGCUGGCUACAGUCUCGUGCCCCAUCUCGGUUAUCGUGUGGUGCACGGCAAGUGUGUGUGUCAGCAUCAUACAGCAGGUGACCACUGUGAAAGAUGUCAUCCUUUCUUUAAUGAACAACCCUGGAAACCAGCCAGCGGCCUAACUGGGGAAGCUCACCAGUGUUCUAAGUGCAAGUGUAACGGGCACGCAGAGAGCUGCCAUUUCGACAUGAGCGCGUGGCUUCGCUCUGGUCGGCGUAGCGGGGGUGUGUGUCACUGCCUGCACCACACGGAGGGUCAGCACUGCCAGCGCUGCCAGAGGGGCUUCUACAGACAUCCCCAAAGACCACAGAGUGACGCCAGCUCCUGCACAUCUUGUUUAUGCCACCCAGUUGGCACUGUGAACUGCAACUCUACUAACGGUCACUGUCUCUGCAAACCGGGUGUGGCUGACCCGUACUGUGACCAGUGCAUGCUGGGAUACUGGGCUUUCGGUGACUAUGGCUGUACACCCUGCAACUGUGCAGGCAGUUGUGAUCCUCAUACUGGAGACUGUAUGACCAGGUCAGAUACCUACCAGAACAACACCCUGUUUCGAGUGGAAGAACUAUUCUCUGUGCUAACCUUUCCAGACAAGUGUGUAUGUAAACCACAUUCCCUUGGAAACAGCAAAGUCUUCUGCACUAUGAAAUAUUCGUAUGCUCUGAAGGUGAGGGUUCUAGCAGCACACGAUAAGGGCUCUCACGCGGAGGUAGAUGUGAAGGUUUUGAAGGUCCUGUGGAGCAGGUCUGCCCUCAGGCUCACGCAAGGAAACCUCACUCUUUAUCCAGAGUCGUGGACCUCCAGAGGUUGCACCUGCCCUGUCCUGUACCCAGGGGUGGAGUAUCUUGUGGCUGGGCACGAGGACGUGAGGAGAGGUCGGCUCCUGGUCAACAUGAAGAGCUUAGUGAAGCCCUGGAGAACCAGCCUCAGUCACAGAGUACUUCAGCUCCUUAAAACGAAAUGCGUCUGAGAGUGUGAGGGAGAAUGUGAGGGUGAGUGAGUCUGAGAGACAGUGUGUGUGUGUGUGUGUGUGUGUGUGUGUGUGUGUGUGUGUGUGUGUGUGUGUGUGAAUGAGUGAGAGAAUCCUUGAAAAAAAGUGUGAAUGAGAGUAGCCAGGCAAAGUAAAUUAAAACGCCAGUAUCCCGUUGUACAGAAUGUAUGUCUGCACUAUGUACAUAAUAUACAUAUGAAAUUUUAGAUCUCUUGCUAAACACUUGUAUAUAUUAAGCAUUUUGUACAUAUGAAGACGAGAUUAAAAUAUAUUUUGGAAAAAAAAAAAUUAAAACCUAAAAUGCUUCAUGGCUUAAUGUAGUAAGCUUAAUGUAGUAAAUGAUAAAGCAUUGCCUUAAUCUUAAAUACCAAUGUUUAUGAAAUUACUUAGAGAUUGUUUUGCUUUGUUUUUUCCUAAAUAAAUUAAUCCAUCUGGAAGUUUGUUUCCAUAUCUUUUACAUAUUGUACCAUAAUAUUAUUUAGGGACCUGUGUGUGUAAAUAAUAUGAUUGAGAGCAGAUUCCCAUUUUGGAGUAUGGCUAACCACGAAUGUGAACACAAUGUUAAACUUUGCCGAAUUACAUCGAAUGUGCUAAUCAAAUGUUGAUACAUUUUAAAAACUUUUCUUGUCCACGUAAAUUGGCUCAAAAACAAGUUAAACAUGUUUGAUGCAAGCGACCUUGGACCCGAUAAAGGCGUUAAAUAAAACUAAUAAUAACAACAACAACAAAGAUAAUAUUAUUGCUAUUGAUGUUGCUGCUGUUGUUGCUAUGUGGUUCUAUCUUUCUGUUUGUGGAUAUAUGAAAGUUGCAAACGCCCUAUGGGGAAAUGCAGCUGUGUUGGAGGAAAAUAAAAGCGGCCCGAUUA